UCCCCACCAGCACCUCUCUGCCUCUCUCUCGCCAUGUCGUGCCGCUCCUUCCAGCUGGGCUCCAGAUGUGGGGGUCGGAGCUUCAGCUCCUGCUCCGCUGUCCUCCCCCGGAUGGUCACCCAAUAUGCAGUGAGCAGGGGGUCGUGCCGGCCCGGGGGCGGGGGGGCGCUCCGUGCCCUGGGCUGCCUGGGCUCCCGGAGCCUGUGCAACGUGGGCUUCGGGAGACCCCGGGUGGCCUCCAGGUGUGGCUUGCCCAGCUUUGGGUACCGAGUGGGAGCCCCCUGUGGACCCUUGGCCUGCAUCGCCCCCGUCACCAUCAACGAGAGCCUGCUGGUCCCACUCCAGCUGGAGAUCGACCCGGCCGUGCAGAGGGUGAAGAGGGACGAGAAGGAGCAGAUCAAGUGCCUGAACAACCGCUUUGCAUCCUUCAUCAACAAGGUGCGGUUCCUGGAGCAGAAGAACAAGCUGCUGGAGACCAAAUGGAACUUCAUGCAGCAGCACAAGUGCUGUCAGAACAACAUAGAGCCCAUCUUCGAGGCCUACAUCUCCGCCCUUCGGCGGCAGCUAGACUGCGUGGCCGGGGACCGGGCCAGGCUGGAGGCGGAGCUCGGCAGCCUCCAGGACGCGCUGGAAAGCUACAAGAAAAAGUAUGAAGAGGAGCUCUCCCUGCGGCCCUGUGCUGAGAAUGAAUUUGUCGCCUUGAAGAAGGAUGUGGACACAGCCUUCCUGAUGAAGGCUGACCUGGAGACCAACGCGGAGGCUCUGGUCCAGGAGAUCGACUUCCUUAAAAGCCUAUAUGAGGAGGAGAUCUGCCUGCUCCAGUCUCAGAUCUCCGAGACCUCUGUCAUCGUCAAGAUGGACAACAGCCGGGAGCUGGACGUGGACGGCAUCAUUGCCGAGAUCAAGGCCCAGUACGACGACAUUGCCAGCCGCAGCAAAGCCGAGGCCGAGGCCUGGUACCAGAGCAGGUAUGAGGAGCUGCGGCUGACAGCCGGGAGCCACUGUGACAACCUCCGUAACCGCAAGAACGAGGUCCUGGAAAUGAACAAACUGAUCCAGCGGCUUCAGCAAGAAAUCGAGAACACGAAAGCCCAGCGCUGCAAGCUGGAGGCCGCAGUGACCCAGGCAGAGCAGCAGGGCGAAGCGGCCCUCAGUGACGCCAAGUGCAAGCUGGCAGGGCUGGAGGAGGCCCUGCAGAAGGCCAAGCAGGACAUGGCCUGCCUGCUCAAGGAGUACCAGGAGGUGAUGAACUCCAAGCUGGGCCUGGACAUCGAGAUCGCCACCUACAGGCGGCUGCUGGAGGGCGAGGAGCACAGGCUGUGCGAAGGCAUUGGGCCCGUGAAUAUCUCCGUGAGCAGCUCCAAAGGCGCGGUCCUCUACGAGCCCUGUGUGGUCAGCACACCCGUGCUGAGGACCGAGUACUGCCCAGGGGGCACCAGUGUCCUCAAGACCAGCGGGGGCUGCAGCAUCGUGGGCACCGGUGAAGUCUACCUCCCCUGCGAGCCCCAGGGGCUACUGGGCUGUGUGAGCGGCCGGGGUUCCAGCGUGAAGCUAGGGGCUGGGAGCAGCUCCUCCCACAAGUGUUAGCCCGGCCCCCGGGGCUGGAAGCCCAGGGACAGGACGCCAGCCCCCAGCCCUGAUGUUGUCCCCCGACCAGGGCUGAGGACAAGGAUAUUCCCAAACCCCACCUUCCUGACCACAGGUUUCCCUUGGGUUUUCACCGAAAGGCGCUCCUCAGGCAUCUUCAAGAGUCACCUUUCACUUAGCCGUGUGCAGACCCUGAGCUAGGCCCUAGGGGCGAGCACCCCAAAGUUCUGCUUUCUGGAUUAUCCCCUGAAAGUUGCCCCACAAAGCCAGUCUCCCACACCAACCCCUGGAAGUUCCCCCACCUCCCUUACGUCUGGCUCUCAUGCACUGAAGAAAAGCGAACUUCUUUUAACGCCCAGCUAACACGUGCACUAUUGCAAUGAUCAAAAAGAGGUACCCCCAAAUUCCAUUCUGAAUUCCAAAGCCAACAUUUCAGGAUCACUGGAGACCUGCUAAUGGUCCUGUCGGUUGGCAUGCAGAAUCAAGAGUUGGUCUUCGGGCAGAUUUUCCUGCCUGGGGCUGCUGAGCUCACACCAUGAAAAUACAUCUUUUUCCCGAGGCACAUUGGCAGCUGACGGUGGGGAAACGCCAAAACAAAGGCAAGGGGACGUGGAAUACUUCCUGGACUGAGAGACAGUCACCAAUUGACACCCUUUGCUCAAUGCAACCAAGCCCCUCUCCCACCCUCUGUACAUAGCCUUCCCCCCACCCCACCCCUUGUCCUGCUCCCUCUCCUUUUCAGUCCUCUUGCUUUCGGGUCUGAUAUGCUUCCAUGUUUUCCUGGCUACAGUGAUGUGGGGCUGCCCAGCCACUGGGAGGCUUUGGCUCAGGGGUUGCCCAGAAGGCGGUGCCGCGCUGACCCCAUCUCCCCAGAGGCCCCUAGUGCUGCCUCCUGCAGGAGCCCCCUCCCCCACCCAGGGAGCAGCCAUCCCUGCCAUAAGCCUCUAGGCUUGUCUGUUCCCAAUAAACUGACUGUUUACGGGCU